ACACACACACACACACACACACACACACACACACACACUCACAUGCCAGCGAUUAGAGUCCAAAUCGGACUCAUUCUUGCCCACAUUCCUGAGUCGACCCCACGGCUCUGUGAAUGGUUGCUCCAUCGCUGCAGGACCACAGAGGACUGAGCCACAGACGGGACCACAGAGGACUGAGCCACAGACGGGACCACAGAGGACUGAGCCACAGACGGGACCACACCAGCACACACGCUCUGCACUCUGGGCUUCCUCACAGUUUCAUUCCGGGUCAGUUUUGUGAAGGCACCAACGACAAACCAGGUGACAUCACAUGGCUGCAGUCCAUCCAGCACAAGUCUGAGGAGGAAUCUGUUCACAGGAUUGUUUUCAUUUUCUUUUUUGAAAUAAACUCCCUGAGCCACAACACAAAGAUGGACUUCUUCACAGACACAGGUGUGCGUGUGCGCUCAGACAGUAUGAGCAGCUCAGCGUCUCAGGGCUCGAGGUCAAAGGUUCUCCUCCGCCAGCGUCUGACGCAGCUGCUCACCUGCAUCGAGGACAUGAGCUCUGACGAUGAAGCCAGUGAGGAAGUGUCGCGCACGCUGGACGAAGCCUUUCAGCUCUGUGGACGCUCCGUGCCCUCAGACGCCUUCAGGCUGCACAUGGUGACGUGGAACGUGGCCACAGCGGAGCCUCCUGAAGACGUGACGUCUCUGCUGCAGCUCGAUGUCCAGCCUCCCACAGACCUCUACGUGAUUGGUCUGCAGGAGGUGAACUCCACGCCUGUGAGGUUCAUCUCAGACCUGGUGGUGGACGACUCCUGGAGCCACAUGUUUAUGGACACACUGGCUCCCAGAGGAUUCAUCAAGGUGACAUCAGUGAGGAUGCAGGGUUUGCUGCUGCUGGUUUUUGCCAAACAAAUUCACCUGCCGUUCAUCAGAAACAUCCAGACCACCUACACACGCACCGGCAUCUUCGGCUACUGGGGUAAUAAAGGGGGCGUGUCCAUGCGGUUUUCCUUCUAUGGCCACACCCUGUGCUUCCUCAACUGUCACCUCUCAGCUCACAUGAACUACGCUCUGGAGCGCGUCGAUGAGUUCGAGCACAUCCUGGAGACACAAGACUUUGACAUCAGCGACACGCCUCACGUCCUGGACCAUGAGGUGGUGUUCUGCUUUGGUGACCUGAACUUCAGGAUCGCAGACCAUGGUUUGCACUUCCUCCGCUCAUCCAUCAACAGUGGACGUGUGAAUUUACUGUGGGGCAAAGACCAGCUCACCAUGAUGAAGCAGAAGGAAGCGUUCCUGCAGGAAUUUGAGGAAGGGCCAUUAAAUUUUAAACCCACCUACAAGUUUGACCGUAACUCAAACACCUAUGACACCAGCUCUCCAAAGACGUGGUUUGGUUUUCAUGGUAAGAAGAGGAAGCCAGCGUGGACAGACCGGAUCCUCUGGCGCAUCAAACCCCAAACUCCACCAUCAGAGGACGACGAUAAGGCAGUGAUUUCUACUGAUGACGGACAGGAUGAGUUUCCAAUCCUGGUCACGCAGGAUAAAUACGACAGUGACAUGAACUACGGCAUCAGUGACCACAAACCUGUCAUUGCAACCUUCAGUGUAGAGCUGAGGAAAUGCUUCGACACACUCGUGGUUCACGUCUCUCCUGUGGGUGUGUGGAGCGCUGACCAGGACGCGCUCCUUAACUACACUGUUCAAGAGGACUUCAUGUCCUCCACGUGGGACUGGAUCGGUUUGUACAAGGUGGGAUUUAAGAGUGCGUGCGACUAUGAGACCUUUGUGUGGGUGAGGGAGAAGGAGCUGCCAGAGACAAAUGAACUCAUCCAGAUAUCUGUGGAGAAGGAUGACAUCCCUCUGCUCGGUGGACAGUACGUGUUGGGUUACUACAGCACAAACAUGCAGAGCAUCAUCGGCCUGAGCAGCAACUUCCAGAUCCUGGAGUCGAAGCGUGCCGUCAUGGAAGGCCUUGUUCCUGAGAACAUGAACGGGCUCAACAAAUAACGACCACAUCUGACUGAGACUUCUCCAUGCUCCAAAACAACCUCAUUUAUCUAUGACUCUGUCAUUAAAGAACAUGGACUGCAAACGAUGUGAUUUGUUGUUUUUGGACUUGUGCCUUUAAUGAAUUAAAGUCAAAUUCACUCUG